AUCUCUGUCCACGGAGUUCCGCUACAUGUAAACAAAGUUCAAAACGCGAGGUUGGGAACGUGGUCGCGAACGAAUUUUGAAAACUUGUCGCACGGAGGACAGCCCAGCCAUGAAUUCGAACGGCAUAAAGUUGAUGAAGAAAACCGAUCCGUAUCCACAAGGGAUGCGUUGUCAAAAGUGCUUGGAGAUGGGACACUGGAGUUACGAGUGCAAGGGCAAGAGGAAGUACCUGCAUAGGUCCUCUCGUACUUCGCAGCUGAAGAAGGCUCUGCAGAAGCAGCAGGACAGUAGCGAGCACGUUAUAGAGGCUCAAAAUAAGGGGACAAAGAAAAGUCACGUGAAGAAGAAAAUGAGAAAGGAGGAGUCCAGCAGCUCGAGCGACUCAAGUUCCUCCAGCAGUGAGAGCAGCGAAGAUUCCAGUAGUGAAAGUAGUAGCAGCAGUUCUUCAUCGGACAGCGAAUCGGACUCUAGCGACAGUGUAUCUAGUAGCAGUAGUAGUAGUAGUAGCAGUAGUAGCAGUAGCAGCAGUAACGAUUCCCACAAACAACAGCACUGAUCGCGAAGUAAAUUCAAAAGGAAACUUCUCUUCCCAUCAUCUUACGCUACUUUUCUAAACGAUGCGUUAUCACUGCGCGCACGAAUGUUAUACUAUCGAAUAAAACAGUUUCAUGGGGGGAAAAAAAAGACAAAUGGAAACAAGACGCACAACAGGAUACUCUUGUGAGAAGUCCUCUCGCCUUGUGUAAAAUACAUAAUUUAUAUUUUUCUCUCUUGGAUCGACGUACACGAAGUUGCUCAUAAAGGGACUUUCAAUACUAAAUUUGUAAUGUAAUUAUGCUACAAUAAUAUGCUACGUUUCUACGAUAGGAUAUUAUGUAUCCUAUCGUAAUUAUUGAAUUAAUUUUCACGUGAUGUAUAUACAGCAUUACGUAUUUUGUUACAGCAACAUUUUUUCGUUGCAAAAUUAUUUCGUAUGCAAAUUCUUUUGCAUUAUAUUAGCAUUUAUAGCAUAUGUUGUUACUUUCAUAAAGAUUAAACAACAUUUUGAUAUCCGAUGCGACUGUACGAACGUGUUACGAGAACCGCAAAAUUGUACAAAAUUGACAUUUAAAUACGUUAUUUUUGCUACUGUGUAUGCACACACACAUACAUAUAUGUAUAUAGAAUUGACAACUGCUUGAUUUGCCAGGAAAAUAAUUUAAUAAAAUUAGAUCGAUGAGAUUGUAAUGAUUAUACUUAGAUAACAAUAAUGUUCAACAGAAGAUGUUAUUUUUAUGACAAAGAAUGUUAACAAGUCUUUUGAUGCUGUCGACGAUAAAACACGUUUUACAUAC